AUGAGAAAAUUAAAUAAGCGAAAUAAAAGAUCAAUUUCAACAAGAACUCUAUUUGCCAAUAAAAUGGAUUUUAAACUUCCCAAAAAUAUUCGAAAUUUGCGCAUUUUGGAAAGGUAUGGGAGGACAUUGAAGCAUUGCAAACGUUUCAUUUCAACAAUGAAUGAGAGAAAUGCAAAUUUUCUUGCUAAUCUCUUGUCAAAUGUCCGUUUGACUCCAAAUUCACCAAAUACUCCUUCAAACUUGGAUGGACUCCAAGCCCAAAUUGAACAAUUUACUAAACAAUUAACAACCUCAAUUAGUGAAGGAAAGUCGAAGGAAGAUACUAAUUUAUCUUUCUUAUCCCCCCGCCUCUUCCCUUUAUAUCCUCGAAAGAAAACAUUAAAAACACCAAAAAACAACAAUUUUAUAACCAAUUUAAGUUCAAAUAUAAGCCAACUACUUUCACCAGAUAUUUUUGCUUUUCACAACCAAACACUUUCUUUAUCCAAUUUAUUCCCUCUUGAAGUUAUUGGCCAAAAAGAACAAAUAGAGUGGUUAGACUUGUUAAUUAAUAUAACUGGAAUGAAUAAAAUUUUGGAACUUUCCCAACUUGAAACAAAAAUUCUUCCAGCAAUUAAACAAAUUGAAACAAAAGAAGGGGAAUGGGGGAAAUUAAAAGCUAGUUUAAACAAUAAACAAAUUGAAAUGAUAAAUAAACUUGGAUAUACUUAUUUAUUUGAUUGGCAACAAAAAAUAAUAAGAAUAAACGAAAAUAAUAAUUGGAAUACUGUAGAAAAUGCUGAAAAUGCUUUGGAAGAAAAAAUUGAAGCAAUUGCAAAUUUGGGGGAAUCGGAAAAUUGGAAAACAUUAAAUUAUGGCAAUGUUCCUUCAUUCCAACAAGCAAGAAAAAAACGUCAGGUUGGUGGCUUGGCACCAGAUACAGAAAUUGGCGUUCAUCCAAUCCCUAGAAUACUAACUUUGGAGCCAUUUGCUUUUGAUACUCGACUGGGGGGUGUUGUGCUAGAGGGCUUAUUUUUAUCGCCUCAUGCAUUCUACAGGGAAAUAAUUUCUCCUGAGAUAUUGACGAUUCGUUUACUUUCCCCAGUCGCCUUUUACGCAACAAUUCUUUCUCCUAUGGCAGUAUUUGCACGUGUUCUAAGCCCUGAAGUAUUCAAAGCUCAAAUAUUAACACCCCAAGUUUUAGACACUUAUACUCUCAGUCCAGAAGCUUUUAUGGCAGAAGUUCUUUCCCCUGUAGCAGCAGAAGCACGUGUUGCUUCCCCACGUGCUCUAUUUGUACAAAUUCUCGGACCAUCCGCAGGCGAGGUAACAUUUUUAUCCCCAAACUUUUUUGCUGUACUUGUGCUUAGCCCUCAUUUUCUUUCUCCACGUAUUUACAGCAAAGAACAUUAUUUGAUUGAGAUUUUAUCUCCUCACAUACUUGGUGGUGAGCACAGCUCAGAAUCAGAAGAGGAUGAACACGAACAUUUAGGAGGGGCGGUUCGUUUUGUUGGAUGGCCUGAUCACUCACAUGGUGGAAAAAAGAAAAAAGGAGAAGGUGAAAGUGAGCAUAAGGAAGAGGGCGGAGAAAAUCAAAAUAACAAUAAACAUGGAGGAGAGGAAGCACAUCAACACACGGAGGGUGAACAACAUUCAGAAGGAACGGGGCAACAUUCAGAAGGAACAGGACAACCAGAAAGUGGAGCACAACGAGCAGAAGCAUCAGGUCAUCAAAAUGUAGGAGCUUCCGAAACUGGACAAAAUGGAGCGGGACAUGUAGCAGGUAUAAAUGCUAAGUAG